UGACGUUCUCCGAGCACAGGAAGUAGAGCUAUCAGCUGAUCCCGCUGGCUGUUGUUGAUGUCUGAAGUUGCUGUUGUCGCGGCGUCUCUCUCUCAUCGGCCCCCUCGACAUUAACGGACUCGGUGACACGCUGAGGAACGGACACGGCAGCGGCCAUUUACCGGACAAAGGGACGCGUCACGUCGCGUGGAGGUCUGAACGUGCGUCCCCGGCGGGCAGCGGCGAAGCUAGCUCCUGAGCUGAAGGGAGAAAAACAGCAGCGACAGCACACGGCGUCUCUUUGUUUCAAUCCCAAGCAGGAUAAUAACUUUCUCGCGCUUGACUCAAGUAUUUCUGUUUGCAUAUCCGUUAUUUAUAUUUAUAGUUAUAAUUAAUAACCAGGACACCGUCAGGGGCAGCUAAUUGGUUGGCUAACGUUAGCUUGCAGUGCAGAUUAAAAACAUUUUUAGAUUAUUUUUUUCUCCCUUUCGUAACCGCCCGACAUUCACAGAUAACGAAACAUAACGGCUCUAUUGGAAAGGAAAUAAUCAUCAGAGUUGAUAUGUGUUUAUUUCCCACUGUACCAUCUGUUGUACGGCUCCAGAACAAGUUGAACUGAUCUCUGCUCUGCAGCGCGUCAGGUUGUCUUUAUUGAUUUUUAGAGUUCAUAAACAAACUGUUGGUUGACUGACAGCUUCGUCUUGUGUGUUUUAGGUUUGUUGGCAGGUUGCGUCAUUUGUUUAUCAGCAAGCUGUCAGUCCGUGCUGGAUAUUUCUGCUGUUUUUACGUUUUAAACCGUUUUUACAUAGUUAGAAAAAUCUUAAACACUUUGUAGCUUUGCAGCUGAUUUACAACCCAGGACAAAUAUCAUGAGAUAAGGAAGGACCGGCUUUGAUGCUCAUGAAUUUGGCAGCUUUACGUGAAAAAAGUGGAUAGUUAUGAUUUAAAAUAGGAGGCUGAACGUGCAUUGAGAGGUCGCUGUGAUCAGGGAGAGCCAGCAGAAACGAGCGGGGUCCCAGAGUCUUGAGGUGAGGUGAGCUGCCCCCACACUACUUGCCAAUGCUGGAUCUGGAGGUGGUUCCUGAGAGAUCACUAGGAAAUGAGCAAUGGGAAUUCGCCUUAGGGAUGCCAUUUUCCCAGGCCAUCUCUAUCCUCCAGAAACACUGCCGUAUAAUCAAAAAUGUCCAGGUGCUAUACAGCGAACAGACACCACUCAGCCACGACCUCAUACUGAACCUGACUCAGGAUGGGAUUAAACUGCUGUUUGACGCCACAAAUCAGAGACUCAAGGUGAUUGAAGUGUACGACCUCAGCAAAGUCAAGUUGAAGUACUGUGGAGUCCAUUUCAACUCUCAGGCCAUCGUCCCCACAAUAGAGCAAAUAGACCAGUCAUUUGGAGCGACUCACCCUGGAGUUUAUAAUGCUGCAGAGCAAUUGUUCCAUCUCAACUUUCGAGGACUUUCCUUCUCCUUUCAACUGGAUUCGUGGAAUGAAGCUCCAAAAUACGAGAUUCCACAUGGAGCCAUGGUCAAGAGGAUGCACAUCUACACUGGCAACAACCUCCAAGAAACAAAAGCUCCUGCGAUGCCGUUGGCUUGUUUCAUGGGCAACAUCUUUGCAGAGUGUGUGGACGUCCUGAGGGAUGGGGCGGGUCCUCUGGGGCUCAAGCUCCGCCUCCUCACGGCAGGUUCUGGACUCGGUGUGAUGGCUGACGCUAAGGUCCGGUACCUGGAACGGAGCAUCUUUUUUGGAGACUCCUGUCAGGACGUUCUGGGCGCUUUGGGCUCGCCGCAUAAAGUCUUCUACAAAUCUGAGGACAAGAUGAAGAUCCACUCUCCGUCUCCUCACAAGCAGGUUCCCUCUAAAUGCAACGACUACUUCUUCAACUACUUCACCCUCGGAGUGGACAUCCUGUUUGACUCCACGACCCACCUGGUUAAGAAGUUCGUCCUCCAUACGAACUUCCCUGGGCAUUACAACUUUAAUAUAUACCAUCGAUGUGACUUUAAGAUCCCGCUGGUCAUCAAAAAAGAAGGAGCCGACUCUCAGACGGAGGAUUGCAUCUUAACCACCUACAGCAAGUGGGAUCAGAUUCAGGAGCUUCUGGGUCAUCCGAUGGAAAAACCCGUCGUCCUUCACAGGUCUUCAUCAGCCAACAACACAAACCCGUUUGGUUCCACUUUCUGCUUCGGACUACAGAGGAUGAUUUUUGAGGUGAUGCAGAACAACCACAUAGCAUCAGUCACCCUCUAUGGAGCUCCCAGGACCACCAGUCAAGCCCGACCCGAGUCCAGCGCUAGUUCCCACUGAACCAGAACCACGCCCCAUUCUGGCCGACCCAAACAACAGUUCUUUUGCUGACUGAAUUGGAACCGAAACCAGUUUGUUGUUUUUACCUGAGCAGGCCUGACAGAAUCACUACAACCUGGCUCAGGUGCUUCAGCGUGAACGAGUCGACGGCGAAACCAGACCUGCUGCCUCCUGUUUGGUACCAGCACCCGGCGUUCUGUUGGUACCAAACACGCCCCGUCCUGCUGCGGGAGCGGCUCGCGUGCUUCGAGAAGAAAGCUGUAAAAUGUGCAUCCUGUGAACCUCAGAGACCGUUCUGCUGCCUGUACAGUCAGAGACGCUUCAUGCCAUCGUGAGGUGACGCAUUCGGGUUCAUCAACGCUGCAGGAAAACAUAAAACUGAUAAAACUUCAUCAGCCAACCACACUGCCAUCCCGGUCAGUCCUGCUCGUCUUCCUGCUUCAAGACCGCGCCGAACUGGGCCCAGCCAAACCCGUCCAGUCCUGCACCGUGAGCCCAGACACACUUCAAGCUAAGCGUCCAUUUCUGUUUUAAGUCACAAGACCCAGCCUGACCCGAUCCAAACAUCUCCAUCUUCCCUCACCAAACACUUCCUUAACCCAGCUGAGUCCGUUUCCCGUCACCAAUCAGAGCGAUCAUCUCAUUUCUACAGACUUCCCAUCAUUUCAACCCCGACACGUUUCUGAUGAGCGGCGGCCGGUUCAGACGGUGGAAGCUCAGCCUGCAUGACUCUGAACGAAAAGCGAUCUCCAAAAAGCACAAGAGGAAGCGCUCUCGCUUCGUUCGGUUGAUUAAAGCUGCAGCAUGUCACUUUUAUUUUAAAAAAAUAAUCAUUUUUACAUAUUUGUUAAAAUUAUGAUUAGGUUGUGACAGUACAAUACAAGACAGAUAAUCUGUGAAAAACUUGACAGCUCCAUCAGAAACAACCAAUCAGAGCCAGGAGGAGGGUCUUAGCGCUGUCAAUCACCCUCACAUCCUCCGCUUGUUCUCUGCUAGCCUGCCACAAAUGCUCAAGCUAGUUAGCAUAGCCACAGAUAAUGGAAGAUAAAUGGAUUUCCUUGAAUGGUAAGUUGUUAAAGCGUGUACACAAUGUUGAUUAACAGCGCUAAGACCCUCCUCCUGACUCUGAUUGGUUGUAUUUUUAGAUGACAAUAGUAGCGUUGGGAGGAGAUUGAUCUUUCCACAGAUUAUCUGUCUCAUAUUAAACUGCCUCAACAUGGUGACAGUUUUAAUUAUUAUGUUAAAAAAAAACAACAUAUUUUUGUGAAAGUUAAAUUCUGCAGCUUUAACAACCUUCCUGCAUGUUCUGCCUGGGCGUCCAAAACCCAUUUCUCCCUCACCAUGACAACCAUUUCCAUUGUGUAAUAAUAAUAAUAAUUUAUUGUGAUUCCUUUUUUUGUUUUUAACAUUUGCACUAAUAGACACAUUUUUACUUGAUCGUGCCCCAUCCGUUGAGAUGGAUAUGUAUUGAAGAGUAGGAGGGAUGUGUGUGUGGGUGUGUGUGUUGGUGCAGAUGAGCGGCGGCGCCUCCGCCGUCCCGUUCUGUACGACAACGUUUCGUCUUUCUUCAGUGCUUUCUUCCGUUCUGCUUCUGAUCCGUCUGCGGUUCUCUCUCCGUUUAGUUGCCAAAUGCUAAAGCCAAAGACCUUUUAGGAAGUCUUCAUUUGAUCGGUGUGUUUUCUUGUCUUGCAGAGUCUCAAAUAUUCCUAACUCCACCUUAAUUUGAAGACGUGGUACAGCUUUUAAUCCGUGUUUCAGUAAUAAUCCAGCCGACUCAGCUCAUCCGUUCUGGAUAAGACGCAUCGUGUUUACCGUCAGCUCGUACCGUGGUCGACGUCCUCAGUGAACCGUGACGUAGAGAACAGCCGUCAUUUCUGUGGUUGUAAACCCGACUUUGUUUUGGAAAUGGUGAACAGCAUCAGUCAUUGCUUUCUCCCAGCGUGUAAAUUUACCUUGUUUUUAAUUACAAACUAAUUAAUAAACUGUGCAUUAAUUUUAA